AUGCACACCACUUAUAAGAGGUGUUUGCAAAAUGUUCCUAAACCAGACCCACCUUCUAAUACAGAAAAGGAUAGAGACGAUUCAAACGCACUAGCAGAAUGUGGUGUUUCACAGGAUGAGCAACAACAGGGCUCCUCUGAAACUGAUUCAGACUUCAACAUAUUGGAUGUACUUAACAGAGAUUGCUUGAAUCAUGUUCUCAGUUAUGUACCUAUAAGAGACCUCAUUCGUUCAGAAAGAGUUAGCAAGAGAUGGCAACAACUAAUCCAAGAAUUUCUUCACGGCCUACGCAUCUUCAAAACCUCGUGGUGGCAACAUGUGUCAGUCGUUUUAACAACUGCUGUGCCUCGGCGAGUGUUGCAGAAAGUAGGCGGUUCUAUAACUCGGCUUCAUAUUGACCACAACUGGACCGCACUCAAUGAUCGCACAGCACACACUGUAGGCAUGUUCUGUCCAAACCUUGUGGAGUUAAAGGUAGUUGGAAUGCAUACGAAGAAUUGGAAUCCACUUAUUUAUGGUUGCAGACAAUUAAAACACCUGUCCUUUGUUUCAUGUUAUAGGCUUAAAGAUUCGAGUCUCGUGCAAAUAGUGAAAAGCGAUUCCUGCAUAGAAAGUUUGACUGUAGCAAACAACACCCAUGUAACUGGGCUAUUCCUUACCGGAUCUAACCCGCGGAAGCUCUCCUAUCUUGCAUUUUACAAUUGCUACAGUCUUCAAGGUGCAGUAUUGACUGCAGCGAUAGAUUUAAUACCAUGUCUUACCGUACUCAAACUGGAUGCCUGCCCCGAUACAAUGUGGAAGAUUAUUCCCUUAAUACUCAAAAAAGUGCCCAAGCUGCAAGAGUUAUCACUCAGUGAAUACACUUCAUUAGAUAUAGGCCCCAAACUGUAUGAUAGUGAAAUGUUCUGUGAAUCUCUAUCAAAAUUAACAGAGUUAAGAGCUUUGAAUCUGAGUAAAAACAUUUACAUUACCAAUGCUGUACUAGAACAAGUGGCUCGGUCGUGCCCUAAGUUAACAGCAUUAAAUAUAUCCAGCUGUAACUCGAGGAGGAGUUAUUCUCAUGCAGGCGUGGGUGACGAGGGCUUAUCCGCCAUUUGUCGUUCGUGUUUGGAUCUGUCGCGGUUGGACGUGUCGUACCUGGCGGCACUGAGCGACAAUGGGCUAGCUGCAGCGGCUCGGCUGACUUCGCUCACCUCACUCACUGCGAGAGGCAACGCCGCGCUUUCCACGCAGCCGUUCUCUCUUUGCCUUGCCUCGUGCCACUAUCUCAAGGAAAUUGAUGCUUGUGGCUGUGACAAUGUAUCGGAGGAAGUGGUGACUGCAGCCGUGGAGGAACUUGGUGCCCAUCCGAGACCUCUUGUGUUGAGUCUUGCAGCGACUGCGGCAGCGAAUGUAAAGGAGCUUCCAGCGCAUAAGUUGCUAACUGUGAACACCAAUGAAGACCGCAGUAACCCACACUUGCGCCCCGACUUUGUAGAUGACAUAUUCGAAGACAGCUCCGACGAUUCUUUCGAGGAUCUCUACGACCCUGAUGAUUUCGACGAUUUCCUAGGAGGAGAUGAAGAUGACUUUUUCGACGAUGAUCAUGAUUUUGAAGAUUAUGAAGGCAUGUAUGGAAUGGGACUUCACGCACCUGACAUCCUGCUUUUGUGA